UGGAAGGUGUCCAUGACCGUGGAAUGAGAUGAGCUUUAAGGUCCCUUCCCAUCCAAACCAUUCUGGCAUUCUGUGGUUAUGGAUGGCACCGCUGGGGGGAUGUGGCUGUGUCAUCCCUCAGCAUCGCCUCUCUGCCUUCCUCCAGGGCUCUGUGCCAUCAUCCACUACCUUGUCCGUGGGCAGCUGGGCUGGUUCGGGCUGACCAUCGCCUGCCUGGUGCCCGGCUACGCCGCCCAGCUGUUCAGCAUCCUCUGGUUCCGGGCAGACGGACACACGCCCGGCUGCUGGCUCCUGGCGCUCCACCUCCUGCAGCUGGGGCUGUGGAAGCGGUUCUGGGAUGUUCUGCGGGCGGAGGCGGGCGGUGGUGCCGGGGAGGUGCUGGCUCAGCUCGGCGAUGUUUGUGUGCUGCGGCUCCUGGAGGCUCUGCUGCAGACCCUGCCUCACCUGCUGCUCCAGGCUUAUGUCGUGGUGGCCGUGGAUCCAGCAGGUUUCAUCCCUGGUGUCAGUGCAGGGCUGUCCCUGCUGUCCCUGGCCUGGGCUUUGGUGUCCUACACCCACUUCACCUGCCUGCUGAAGCCUGGACACCUGAGCCCUCCGGCUGCUGUCCUCCUGUGCCUGCUGCUCUGGAGGACAGGGAUGCUGGGGACCCGGGUCCUGGCCCUGGUGCUCUUUGCCAGGCUCUAUUCCUUCUGGGUUUUUGCUGUGGCAGGGGUCCACUGGCUGCUCAUGUCCUUCUGGCUGGGGGCCCAGCAGACAGAUAUUGUGGCCCAGCCGUGCCGCUGGAGGCUUUUCAACUGCCUGCUGGGAGCUGUGUACAUCUUCUGCUACAUCAAUGUCCGGCCCGGCCCCUCCAAGACCAGGGUGGCUGUAUUUUAUGCAAUAAUGCUGAUGGAGAACACGCUCCUGCUGCUGUUGGGCACCCGGUUCCUGCAGGUAGAGCUGAGGAGCAGCCUGACUGUGACUGGGGCUGUCAUGUCAGGGUCUGUCAUAGGUGCCACAGCUCUGGUGAUUUACUACAGCCUGCUCCACCCCAAGUCCACAGAGAUCUGGCAGGGAUUCCUGGAGACACUCUGCAGUGCUGCAGCAGCUGGGGAUGAGGAGGUGUCUGGAGAGAGCUCCCAAGCUGGGACUUUGGCAGAUGAAGAGUCCUUGCCAGGGGAAGGGACCAAAACAGAGCCCAAGAAUGAGACCAGCUCAUCACUGCUGCAAUCCAAAGGGUGUUUGGAGGACAGCUGGACAGAGCAUCACCACUGGCUGCUGGUGAAGCUGGCCUUGAAAACAGGAGAUCUGUCCGUGAUCAACGCAGCUUUUGGAGAUGGUGGCGUGGGAGAGGCUUUUCCUGGAGGAUGGACGAUGGGGAAACCCCCUGGUGCUGAGCCUGGGGCAGACUUCUCCCUCCCCAUGAGGGACAUCCAUCCCUCUGGACUGGCAGUGGGGAAUGGAGCAGGCAUCAAAGCCAGUGCUGGUACUCUGGGAAUGGCACAGGAGGAUGGAGCAGGGCAGGAGCCUGAUGUUCCCCCAUCCACAUCCCAGCCCAGUGGCUUCUCCCCAGAUUCAACCGAGAGCUCCUCUGUGUAUUUCAGUGCAAGUGCAGGAGGCAUCACCUCCCCUGGGACAGGGACAGCCACAGGCAUGGCCCUGCUGCAAAGGGACAGUGAAGCUCAGCCUCCCCCAGGCUACUUGGGAGAAGGAGGAAGAGGAAGAGGAGGGGAUUUAUCCCUUGGGAUGGCCAGCAUCAGCCCAAUCCCGGGUGCUUGUGCCCACAAGUAUCUGCAGAGAAGCUCUUCCUUCAGCAACACAGGCAGCUGUGGGGUGGCAGGUCCCACCAAAGAGGGCUCAGAGCCCACAGGGACAGAGGGUGCUCUUGUGGGGUGCCAUCACCUUUGGGACACCCACCCUUGUGGCCCACAGGGGACUGUGGUGAGGAGCAAGCUGAGGUCACCAUGCUUCACCUCCACUCCCAAGGCUGGCUCUAAAUGCCCCCAGCGAGGGCUGGGGGAGCUGGGAGAGGGGACAGACCUGUCUGGGUUACCAGAGUGACCCUGUAAAUGGCUGCACUGUCACUUUGGGUCAGCCCUGGGGUCACUGUCUCAUAGCAGGGUGUGGCAGGAGGUGGUGGCACAAAGACUGUCCCCACGGUGCCCCUGCCAUGGGGUAGAUGUGCUCCUCCAUCACUGAGACAUCACUGAGACAUCCCAGGAAGGGAAGUACACCUUCUACUGGCAGUCUUGAAGAACUUCAAAAGCCUUAAAAAGCCCUAAAAGUCCAGGGCUGGUUAUUUAUUGAGGUUAUUUCUGUCACAGACCUGCCAGGCAGCCGGAGCUUUCUGCCUUUGGUGUAUUUGUGACAGUGACUUGAAGUGUGUCCUCUAACCAGUGCCUGCACAAGCUGCUGGCCUGUCCCAGUGUGGAGAUCUGGUUGCUGUCUCCAGGGGCUGCAGUGCUGGCCAAAGCAGUUUUCUCAGGACAAAUAAGUGCCUAAAUCAGAAAAGUGAUGGGUUUUACUCUCGGAUGUCCUUCCCUCUGGGCAGAGUAAGGCCUCAAGGCUCAGCAUUGCUUGAUUUUUUUUCUCCACCAAGUUUAUCUUGAGGCCUUUACCAACUGCAUUUUGGGGGAUCACAUAGGAUUGGAGAUCCUCUUCUUGCUGCAGACCAGAACCUCAGAACCUGGAAUUACAACCAAAAGCCAUGUCCUGGUGCUUGCCCACUGUCUUGUUUCCUCAAGUGGUCUUUUCUAUCCAACCUCCUCCUCGUCCCCUUCCAGCUGCAGAUCACAGGACCCCAGAAUUAUUUGGAUUGGAAGGGACCUUGAAGCUCAUCCAAUUCCAACCCCUGCCACAUGCAGGGACACCUUCCACUAGACCAGGUUACCAGCUUAUAAUCCACAUCUGCCUGGAUGCUCCCACCUAAACUCAGCCUCAGGCCAAAUCUCAAACCAGUUCUAGUGCCACCAUAAAACCCCAGUGCAGGCAGAGUUUAUUUGUGUGUGGAACUAAAACCAUCAGUACCACGGUCUCAGAAAUAGCCAGUGCUUCCCCCCAGGCUGGCUGGGCAUGGAUUUGUGCCCAGGGCACAGGUUUGUGCCCAGGACAUGGCUUGAUGUGUUAAUUGAGGUGUGAUUAGCUGGAUUCAUCACCAAGCUCCUGAGUGCCAGCUGGAGCACAUCUGGCU